AUGGGACAGAUUCACACAGUACCUCACAAGUUCAACGAGCUUACCCUGUUCAUUUCGAAACGUAAUCCACAAAUCAGCCUAGCAGUCCUAAUUUCCUAUGAGCUACACGAAUUGCUUGAUGACGUGAGGGAGGGCAAUGAUGACUUCGCAAAACUUGAUCGAAAUAUCAUAGCUGCAGUGAAAGAAGGGAUGAAGAAAUAUGAAAAGUACUAUUUCAUUAUGGACGACUGCGAUACCUACUCCACUGCCCUCGUCUUGGAUCCCCGAGUCAAAAGUGAAAUGGUCUUACGGGAACUUCAAGAUGGCAAUGCAGGGACAGUGAUUCUGGAAAUGAUCCGCACCAAUCUCCAUCAGGUAUACGCGACUAGCAACCUGGAGCACUAUGCCGCUGCAUCACAGUCGUCUUCCCCGAAGCAUAGUGAUGUGGAGUCUAGAAUGCUGAAGGAGUUGCAGGCGCGAGAUCCACCGCUCUCAGAUAUUGAUAAGUACUUCGAUACCCCUCCGAUCAGUUUCGCAGACACCACCGGCCAGAACUGGCUCUGGAGUUGGUGGAAGAUGUACAAGGGCGAGUAUCCGCGGAUGGCAGUAGCAGCCAGGGACUACCUAGCGAUUCCGGCUUCUGAAGUUGCUGUUGAGAGUGUGUUUAGCACAGCGAGGAAUGUGCUAGGCAUCCGGAGAUAUUCUUUGAAAGGGGAUACCAUAAAAAUGCUGAUGUUAAUUCGCAACGGUUAUAAGUGGUAG